UAAACCAAGAAUGUGCUAGAAGGGGUGAAUGAAUAAUAAAAAGAGUCAAAAACAUAUGAAAAGAAAAUCAUUAGAAAUUCCACAUGGAGUAAGAAAACAGAUCAUUCAAUUGUAAACUCUAUUGUUUCCAUACUUUACUUUCUUUAUAAACACUACCCAUGAAAUGCUCAUAAUUUUAUUUAUCAUUCACAUUCUUCUCUUUCUCUCUCUUCUAUCUCUCACACACACACAACCAAACCACCAUGGAAGAUCAAAUUCAAGACUCCCUUCCCUGCACUUCAACAUCUUCAUCAUCAGAAUCAAUUACAAAAAACCCAACAAAUCCCACUACCAACCUUAAAAAACAUCCCAAAAACAUCGACGGCAGCGACGAUCAACCAAAGAAACGUAAGAAAAUCGUCGCCGCCGUCGAAACCCAUCAUCCAAAUUACAGAGGAGUUAGAAUGCGAGCAUGGGGGAAAUGGGUUUCUGAAAUUCGAGAACCAAAGAAGAAAUCAAGAAUCUGGCUUGGAACUUACGCCACUGCAGAAAUGGCGGCGCGUGCUCAUGAUAUGGCGGCUUUAGCUAUAAAAGGAAACUCUGCUUACCUUAAUUUCCCAGAAAACGCAAACGAACUUCCACGACCUGCAUCUUCUUCUCCUAAAGAUAUUCAAGCUGCCGCCGCUGCGAUUGGAAGAAUCGCUGCUGCGAUCCCUAAUUCUCAUUCAUCUACAAAUCUAUCAUCUUCUUCAAUGGAUAAUAGUACUCAAGAAUCAUCGAAUUCAAUUUCAAGAGAAGAAAAUGAAGAGGAUUUGUUUUCGAAUCUUCCUGAUCUUUCAAUGGAUAACUCAGAUCGCAGCGAUAUUGGAUUUUGUUUCUAUGAUUCAGGUUUUCGACUUGAUGAGUUAUCUUUAUGGGACUAUUACUAAGUUCUAGUUUAGUUUCUUCUUUCUUUGAUCU